CUUUCAUGUCAGCCAUGUCAGCAAACACCACCCUACAUAUUCAGCAUUUAUCUUACCUCGAAUGCCGAGCCAAACGCCUCUGACAUACCGUAGCUAGACCAGUCGACUACAGACACCUGCUGUCUCACCCCGUUGUCGUCGCAGCGUAAAAGUUUCAACGUCCACCUCACCCAGGGGCGCCAACUUCAAGUUGGGUAGCAACCUGACAGAGACGCCGCCGCUGGUCGAACUCGACCGGACCCUGUACGAUUUGUACGGCCUGGAUGGCGGCGGCCCUGAUGAGGUCGCCCUGAUGCCCGCGCUGGUGCCGCCCAUCAGCCCCGUCUCGUCCGCCCUACCCAAGAGCAAGAAGUACCCUUUCCAGUCGCCCGCCCAGCCGAACCUGGACAAGGACCUGUUCACCCGCAUCUGCCUCGGCAACGCAGCGCAGAACCACGGCAUCGCGGCCGGGCCGAUGCGCCUGAUUGUCUUCGACAUCGACCCUCCCGAGUACGACGUGGCCAACGGGCUUGUCGAGUCGCCGCCAGCCCCGCGGACCGAUGCAGCUCGCGUCUCCGACUGUCUCGUCGAGGAGCAGCGGCCCAAGCUCUCGUUUGUCACUAACCCGGCUACCUUCUUGUUGUACACCAGCCUGUUGCUCUGGUAGUAGUGACGUCUAAUCGCGCAACGAUGUACUGGAAUAACCGCCCCGCCCUCACUCAGAUGUACUAGUAAUCUAAGGAACGGAUGGAUGGCUGCAUUAUGUGUAAUCUCGGCUCUUGAGGUGCCAGUGAUCACGGCACCCGGCAUGACUACAGGGCCGGGCCCUGUUGCCCGCUGUCCAUUAAGUAUAUUGUUGUCAG